CGUCUCUAGCAAUCAGCUGUGAAGCGAUGUGAUAAUAAUUUCGUUUUCUUUUCCAAACACGUUUGACCCAUUACAAAAUCCAUUUUUUCUGAAUAAAAACAUUAACUGUGAUUUUAUACGGAGAUGUCCGUGUUGCCGAACGCCGGGAUAAAUGCUCAGGCAGCCCCGAAAUCUCGCCUCUUUGAUGACGCCGAUCUGGACAAGAUGGCCAUGCAGUUUGUUGGGAAUAUGCAGCGCUACCGCGAGAAUAUUGUAAUCCCCAAGAGCAAUGGGCCUGUAAAAAUCAAGACCAACGAAGAGAAGUUCAUCGAGACCGCGGUGGAGAGCUGUGGCUUCAAAUGCGCAAUGGCCUGUGUUAUGGGUUAUGGUUUGGGAGCUGCCUUGGGUUUGUUUAGUGCCUCUGUCAAUCCCAACAUGGCUGAUCCUUUCGCGAAUGAGAAGAAACAGACGGCUCGUGAGGUUUUUCGGGAGAUGAGGGGAACCACCCACUCCUAUGCCAAGAAUUUUGCCCUGAUCGGUGCCGUGUUCUCUGCCGUUGAGUGCACCAUUGAAAGCCAUCGAGGAGUGACGGACUGGCGAAAUGGUACAUAUGCUGGAGGCAUUACCGGCGGACUGAUUGGCCUGCGAGCGGGCAUUAAGGCGGGCGUAAUCGGAGGCCUAGGAUUUGCAGCCUUCUCCACGGCCAUCGACUACUAUAUGCAUUCUAGAUAGGCUUUUCUUUUGGUUACCAUGUAUCGUAUAAAUGUUUGUUUUCAACUAA